UGGAGUAUGAGGGGGCUGGACCACCUGUCGUUUGGGGAAUUUGUGGAGUUCGUGGCACGUUCCCCAGCUAAGGAGGCUUCAGUGCUGCCUGUGGUGCCCGUCAUAGCGGCAGUGCCCCCUGAGGUGACUUGUGACACUGCAGAACCCCUAGAGGUGGCCAAAGAGACUGCAGCACCUCACUCUCGUAGACGGAGGAGAAGGAAGAGGAAUGGCUCUGCCCUGCCGCCCCCAGAGGUGCCUGAUGAGGCUGCAGCGCCCCCAGAGGUGCCUGAUGAGGCUGCAGCGCCCCCAGAGGUGCCUGAUGAGGCUGCAGCGCCCCCAGAGGUGCCUGAUGAGGCUGCAGCGCCCCGGUCUCGGAAACGGAGGAGGAGAAGAAGGGCUUCCUCCAUCCCACAUGGCCCGGAGGCCAUUCGGGAGCCCACUGCUGGUCUGGAGAACAUUCCAGUCAUGCCCAAGCUCCUUGCCCUGCCGGCGCCGCCCAAGCUCCUUGCCCUGCCGGCGCCGCCCAAGCUCCUUGCCCUGCCGGCGCCGCCCAAGCUCCUUGCCCUGCCGGCGCCGCCCAAGCUCCUUGCCCUGCCGGCGCCGCCCAAGCUCCUUGCCCUGCCGGCGCCGCCCAAGCUCCUUGCCCUGCCGCCCCUGCCCAAGCUCCUUGCCCUGCCGGCGCCGCCCCUGCCCAAGCUCCUUGCCCUGCCGGCGCCGCCCCUGCCCAAGUUCCUUGCCUUGAUGCCGGCUCUGCCCCUGCCCAAGUUCCUUGCCUUGAUGCCGGCUCUGUCAAAGCUCCUUGCCCUGAUGCUGGCUCCGCCAUUGAUGAGUGCCUUGCCGGUUUUGCCCUUGCUAUCUGUUGGGGUCCCUGUUUGGCUGGAGGCCUCCUGGUCUCUCCGUCUGGUUCUGCCCUGGUGGUCUGUCGGGGUUUCUGUUAAGCCGAGCCCUCUUGGUCUCUCCCCACUGGUUCCGCCCUGCUGGUCUGCCGGGGUUCCUGUUAGGCCGGAUCCUCGCUGGUCUGUCCCUCCUGCUCCGCCCUGGUGGUCUGCCGGGGUUCCUGUUAGGCCGGAGCCUCGCUGGUCUAUCCCUCCGGCACCGCCCUGGUGGUCUGUCGGGGUUUUGCUGGUCUGCCGGGGUUCCUGUUAG